AGAUGAUCCAUCAUUUCCCGGAUAUUUCCCAUCGCUCUCUCUCUAUCUCUCUCACCCCUAUUGGUUCUGCACCGGAGUCGUCCUUGUGUGGCUGCGUCUCUUGCAGACCACGACUCUCCAGAUCGAGGGCAAGCCCUAACUCUCCAUCGCCAAAUCCCAACUCUUCGUUUCCCAAAGAAGAGAAGCGCAGGGGAUUUGCUCUAGGUUUCGUUGGUUUUUAAGAUGGACGGAAACAAAGAUGAGGCAUUGAAAUGCUUGAGAAUUUGUCGGGAGGCGCUGGAGGCCGGGGAUCGAACCCGCGCCCUCAAAUUCGUCACGAAGGCACGCCGGCUUGAUCCAACUUUGCUGGUUGAUGAUCUCCUAUCGGCGAUCGAAGGUCAAUCCGCUGACCAGUCAGCCGCACCGGCAGGCGAAUCAUCAUCACAGGCUUCGACGAAGCCCUCUGAACAGUCUUCGGUUCGGCAUAGGGUUUCGGCAGGUGGGUCUUCUACAUCGACCUCUUCAGUGGCUUACACGGAAGAGCAGAUAACCAUCGUGAGGCAAAUUAAGAAGAAGAAGGAUUAUUAUGAGAUUUUGGGUCUAGAGAAGACUUGCACUGUGGAUGAUGUCCGAAAGGCAUACAGGAAGCUUUCUUUGAAAGUUCACCCCGAUAAGAAUAAGGCCCCUGGUGCUGAGGAGGCCUUCAAGGCAGUGUCGAAGGCUUUUCAGUGCUUAAGCAACGAAGAGAGUAGGAAAAGGUACGAUCUUGUUGGUUCCGAUGAGCCUGUUCUUGAGCGGCGCACAACAAGGCAUAAUCCGCAUGGAUAUAAUGGAUUUUAUGAUGCUGAAAUUGAUCCCGAUGAGAUCUUUAGGAAUUUCUUCUUUGGUGGAAUGCAUCCGGCAACGGCUCAGUUUGGAGGGUUUGGCUUUGGGAGGGGCACGGGACCAAGGAUGGGCGAUCAUGGGUCUGGAGGUUUUAAUCUACGGACACUCAUUCAGUUACUGCCGGUGCUUGUGCUGCUACUCUUGAACUUUUUGCCAUCCUCGGAGCCAAUAUAUGCCCUAUCUAGGAAAUAUCCUUAUGAAUACCGAUUUGUUACUCAAAAGGGCGUCAAUUAUUAUGUGAAGACAGCAAAUUUUGAGCAACAGUACCCUCCUAAUACCCAAGAACGUGUGGCUCUUGAAAGGCGAGUUGAGAGUGAUUACUUUUCAAUUCUUGCCCAGAAUUGUCAGCUUGAGUUGCAACGUAAACACUGGGGAUUCAUACAGGAAACACCACAUUGUGACAUGCUAAGGCAGUAUGAGAGUGUGGCUUAAUGUCUUCAUCCAAGAUUUCUUGUCGGUGCAACUAUCAACAUUUUAAAUUUCAAAAGAUUCAUUGGGAUUUGGAAUUUUUUGCACUGGAGGGAUGAUGAAUGUAGUAUAGCUGUCACAUUGAGAUUAUUUCCAUGAAAGCCAUGUCCUUACUUUGUCACCUUUAUUCAAUAUGUCGUGCUGCUAAAACUUCUGGCAGCAUAUAUAUGCACCAUGAAUAUUCUCUCUCCUGUGCCCUCUCGACAAGUUGCUUUUAUGGUGGUUUCAGCAAUUGCGUGCUGGAAUUGGCAUGACCACAGAUUCAGACAGCAUCUCAGAGACUAUAUUGUGCACAGACUAAUUGAGUUUUAUAUGAAAUAUUGGUUGAUAUAUGUUGGCCCCCGUGUGAAAAAUUUAAGAUCCGCCUCUUUAUUUAUCCUCCACGGCAUCUUCAGAGCUGUCCAUCUUUGCUGCCAUAUAUGAGGCUUCAUUGCUGUGAUUUGCAGGCUGGUAUGGUAUGAUUGGUGUUCCCCAAUUUUUGGAGUGGCUGUUCAGCUGGAGUGAUCAAUAUCAUAUUUUGCAUUUUAUGAAUAUAACAUUCAAAAUAAAGAGUCUUCUACUCUUUUUGUGACUCA